CCAUUAAAACAGGGGGCUGGCUGUUUAUUUGCUCCAGCUGACUUAUCUUAUCUCUCAGUUUAUUGGCGGCUGUGAAAUUAGCGUCUUAUGAAGGAUUACAGCAGUCAGAUCAGAGUCUCUGGAUCUCUCACGCGCAUUACAUGAAGCUGACAAUGGCAUGCGUUUGGAAAAUGAUUCUUCUCAACAUUUUCGCCUUCGCCGGCGGAAGCAGCGCGAUGAAAGCAGGUUAUUUCUGGCACAUCUCAGACCUCCACUGGGAUCCUUCUUACGACGCAGGGAGCAGCUCUGCAUCGAAAUGUGCUUCUAGUGGAGGCCGUCCGACCCCAAACGCAGGCAGAUUUGGAGAUUAUUCCUGUGAUUCCCCGUGGACUCUGAUAAACUCGACAUUGAGUGCCAUGAGAGAGAUCCUGCCUGACCCGGACUUCAUCAUCUGGACCGGAGACGAUACGCCUCAUGUCCCCGACGAGCAGCUGGGAGUCGAACCUGUCCUGCGUAUAAUCGGCAAUCUCACGCGCAUCAUAAAAAACACUUUUCCCAAUACCAAGGUGUACUCUGCGAUGGGAAAUCAUGACUACCAUCCAAAGAACCAAAUGCCCCCGGGAAAAAACGUCAUUUAUGAGCAAACCGCAAACCUGUGGCACGACUGGCUACACGCUGCAUCAAAAGAAACCUUUAAAACGGGCGGAUAUUACACAGAGAAGCUGCUGAAUCAAACCGGCUUCAGAGUCGUGGUCCUAAAUACAAACCUCUAUUACGAUCAGAACAAAGUGACGGAAAACAUCAAAGACCCCGCGGAUCAGUUCAGCUGGGCCGAUAGAGUGCUUCAGGACGCAGCUAAGAACAACGAGAAGGUUUACAUCAUCGGCCACGUCCCUCCAGGGUUUUUCGAGAAGAAGAGAGAUAAAGCCUGGUUCAGAAAGGAGUUUAAUAAGCGUUAUAUAGAUCUCAUCCAGAAGCACAGCGCUGUCAUACAGGGCCAGUUCUUUGGGCAUCAUCACACCGACAGCUUCCGCGUCUUCUACAGCUCGAAAGGAUCUCCCGCAAGUGCAAUGUUCCUGACUCCAGGAGUGACACCCUGGAUAACAACAUUACCUGGUGUCAGAGAUGGAGGAAACAACCCUGGAAUACGAGUCUUCGAGUAUGACACCAAAACACUUUUGAUCAAGGAUAUCUUGACCUACUACAUGAACCUGACGUACUCGAACGUGGCGCGCGAGCGCUGGGAGAAGGAGUACCGGAUGACGGAGGCGUUUCGUGUCCCCGACGCUUCUCCCGCCUCCAUGCACCGCGCCAUGGAGCGGAUAUCCAGCGACGGCCGUUAUCUGCAGAAGUACUACGAGUUCAACUCCGUGAACUACGACCUGACGGAGUGCGGCGCCGACUGCCGCGUCGAUCACGUGUGCGCCAUCAGGGAGGUGGACUUCGACGCGUACGAGCGGUGCGUGCUGAAGGAGGGAGCUCCGCCCACUGCCCCGCUGCUGCUGCUUCCUCUGCUGCUGUCACUCACCCUCAGCCUGCUAGGCCUUCCGACCGGUGCAUGAGUGUGAACGACACCAUUAAGUACUUUAACUGAAAUGUAUUUAUUUACCGAACUGUUUGAUUUGCGUGUGAAGUGUGGAAACAAAAUUAAAACAUCUGCAAAUGAAUGCUCAUCUCGUGCCUUUGAGAGAACCCAAAGAAUCAAUAAACUGGGGAAGGCUGUGACUUUUUUUCCCCAUGCAUGAUCAAUUAUGUGCCACACAUCAGUUGAGGCAUCCAGGACUUUAAUGUGUUUCCACGUGCAUGUGCUCUUACACAAUAAAAACGUUGUCCACCUCGAAAAAA